AUGUCAGAUUUACAUGAGCUCUGCUACUUCAAAACUCGUCCGAUUACAAAAGAGGAAUACCUUGUGCCGUUAAAGGCAUACCUGAAAGCCGGAAUUCCUGCUACUUAUACCACCGAAGAGGCACAUAACUAUGAACAUGGCAUAGAGGAAGAGCCUGAGAGCAACACGACACCAAUGCACCUAAUUUGUGAGAAUGUACCCGGUGACGCCGAUGAAGAGGAAGAAAACGUUGUUCUCGAAAUGAUGGAACAAUUGUGGUUGAAUGGGGCAGGAUGGUGUCUCUUGAACAACAAAAACGAGACACCUGGGUGUGUGUUAUUAAGAAGAGGGUUCCAUGGGACGAAGUAUUGGGAAAGCUGUGUUGAUUCGGGUGUACGCGCGGAGGUCUUGUUGAGAAAGUUGAAUGAUCCUAAUGUUGAGUUUCUUGACGAUCCUCUUUCAGAAGAUGCAAGUGACGAAGAAGAUGUACCGGAAUUGGUAGAGGAAAAUGCAUCGGAAUCUGUUCAAGACAUGUACAAUGGCCCUGCAGGCGCCACGGAUACAUACCUAAACACAAAGUUGGAAUAUAAGGACGAUGCCUUGGUCACGAAGGAAGGUGCCGACGGCGUCAUGAUGCAAUGGGAGGACGAAUUGAUGAAAGCUGGGUCGGAAAGUCUCUUCAAGCACAUAGAAGAUCCAAACGACGUGAACAUCCUCAACAUCGGCUUUGGAAUGGGCAUCAUUGACACAAUGAUUCAGGCCAAGAACCCAACCAGACAUUAUAUCAGCGAGGCACAUCCCGAUGUUUUGAAGAAGAUGAAGGAGGACGGGUGGUACGACAAGCCUGGUGUCGUCAUUCUGGAAGGGAAAUGGCAAGACACCCUACCAGACCUCCUCACAAAGGGUGUCUUUUUCGACGGAAUAUAUUACGACACUUUCAGUGAGCAUUACGAGGACAUGGUCAACGACCUAUUCGAUGUGGUGGUCGGUCUAUUAAAACCAACAGGGACAUUUUCCUUUUUCAACGGCCUGGGAGCUGACCGCUUAGUAUGUUAUGAGGUGUACAAAAAGGUUGUGGAUCUCGAUCUAUCCAACUACGGGCUCUCCGUGGAGUUUCAAACAAUGAAAGCACCUGUGACGACCUUAAAGGAGAAUGACGACUCCGAGGAUUCGGUGUGGAAGGAUAUCAAGCGUGCGUACUGGAGGUGUCCGCUUUACUACCACCCAGAGGCUAGAUUCAUGUAG